AUGAAGGUAGCCGAACGAGGUGCUGUGAUGGAGGCUGCUGAUUCAGGGAAAGGUGGCCAGAGGCACUACUCGCUCAUUUUGCAGACAGAAAGCUGCAGCCCAGAGCUGGGAACUCUUCGCAGCGUGAUCCUGCCCAAACAUAGCCGCUUCGGAGAAAGGCCUCCGUCUAAGCUCUUCUACACUCUUCUCAGGAGGAACGCGCAGGAGAACCAGUGGUCAGAGCAGACGGAGUCGUCCGGGGUCCCGGAUCCCCUGGGGGAGCAGGCGAGACUCCGCCAGCUGGUAGACUCUGUGCACCCACGAGCACAAGGGGACUAUCACCAGGCUGCGGGCAGCAGCCCAGACUGCUGCUGGGGACAAUGCUUGAAGGUGGUGCUCCUGGGCCCUGGAGUCUUGGGGAUUAAAGCCCCUUUGCCUCCGGGUGACCAUGCUGGAGGGUCAGUGAGUGUGCACGGCAGCCGUCGAAUUCAAGGCCAAACUGCCGCGAGGGGCCUGACACCUCCUCCAACAAGUGUGUUGAUUUUUAAAAGGACGCUUGCGAAUCGGGUCAGUAAACGAAACGCUCCUCUCUCCUCCAACACACACGGCACAGAGCCUCUACCUGGCGGCAUUACAGACGGCCACGUGUAUCUAAGAGCAACGACACUGCUGCGUUCCUGCGAAAUCGAAAUCCGGGCGUUUCACCAGCUGCCGGAGCGGCCCCUCGGUGGGGGAGGGGCGCAGAGCGGGUCCUCACCGGGUCUUCUCUGUCCUUCCUCUCCAGGUGCCCCCUUUCAAAGGUCUCAGCAUCCUCACGCUACCUCCUGCCGCCACUUCCACCUGGGCCCCCCGCAGCCGCAGCAGCUGGCCCCCGACUUCCCCCUGGCGCACCCCGUGCAGUCGCAGCCGGGCCUCAGCGCCCACAUGGCCCCGGCCCACCAGCACAGCGGCACCCUGCACCAGUCGCUGACUCCGCUGCCCACCCUGCAGUUCCAGGACGUCACAGGUCCCUCCUUCCUACCUCAGGCCCUGCACCAGCAAUACCUCCUGCAGCAGCAGCUCCUGGAAGCCCAGCACCGCAGGCUCGUCUCGCACCCGAGGCGGAGUCAGGAGCGUGUGUCUGUCCACCCCCACCGCCUCCACCCCAGCUUCGACUUCGGCCACCAACUCCAGACGCCUCAGCCUAGGUAUUUGGCUGAGGGUACUGACUGGGAUCUCAGCGUGGACGCCGGCUUGAGCCCUGCCCAGUUCCAGGUGCGGCCCAUCCCUCAGCACUAUCAGCAUUACCUAGCGACUCCUCGAAUGCACCACUUUCCCAGAAACUCCUCCUCCACGCAGAUGGUGGUCCAUGAAAUCCGAAACUACCCUUACCCUCAGCUUCACUUCCUUGCUCUCCAGGGACUGAACCCCAGCAGACACACCUCUGCAGUGCGGGAGAGCUACGAGGAGCUGCUGCAGCUUGAGGACAGGUUGGGAAAUGUGACUCGGGGAGCCGUACAGAACACCAUCGAGAGGUUCACCUUCCCCCACAAAUACAAGAAGCGAAGACCCCAGGAUGGCAAGGGCAAGAAGGAAGAGGGGGAGGAGUCAGACACAGAUGAGAAAUGCACAAUUUGCCUGUCUAUGCUGGAAGAUGGAGAAGAUGUGAGGCGCCUCCCCUGUAUGCACCUCUUCCACCAACUGUGUGUGGACCAGUGGCUCGCCAUGAGCAAGAAAUGUCCCAUCUGCCGAGUGGACAUUGAGACACAACUGGGAGCCGACAGCUGAGGGAGGAAUUAGCCAGUGGACACCCCAUUUUCCUUCACCAGGUCCCCCCCACGGCCAUAGCCCUUGCAGCCAAACUUUGCCUUCUGAGCCAUUUGAUGUAGAGGAAAAGCCUGCAAGCACAUUUUGUGGAAAGAGGAGUUGGCGGUAUCAGUGUCUGAGGGAAAGGAGGGGUGGGGGGGCGACCCCCCCCCCACCAGAGCGGUGACUGCCCCCAUCCACCUCGCUGCGCGGGAGGGAGCUGGCCGUGCCCGGAGCAGGGGUGGGAAGGGGGGGCCCACGCUGCUGAGAAUCUGGAUGCGAACUGGAAGGUCCUAGCUGAUAGACAGGCCCCUCAAUCCUGUCCUUUGAAGGAUUGUGUAUAUACCUCUCGACCACGUAGAAACCAUGUAGGGGUCUCUAGCUAUUUCUGUGGAUGGCAGCCGGAGCAUGUUAGCUUAAGAAAAAUGUUGUGUGUGGUGCUCUAGUCAUCUUGUGGUGGACAUGUCGCUAUUACGAAUUCGCACCAAAUAUUUCUCAUUGAGUUCCUUGUUUUGGUGCCUGACUGAACCAACCAACGACAGCCCAGAUCUUCCUGUCUUUAUGAGAAAAAAGGAAAAAGGAAUCA